UGAUGGGCUGGAGCCGACCGACCCUCGAUCGCUCGCUCCAAAACACACGCCCCCGCACUGCCGCCGCUUCCUCUGCCACAAACAACCUUUGGUGUCCUUCGGCGGCCAGGGUCGCACCCCUUGCUAUGUGAAGCGCCACCCAAAGUCAACGCGACCACAACAGAAUGGACAGAAGAGAGUCUGUAGACGACAGUCUCACAGACCAGGCGGUUCCGAUUCCCAUUCAAAUUUUCCUAUGGAGACAGACCAGUCCAUUCAUCAGACCAAAACUAGGAAAACUCCAUGAAACAACGUGCUUGUUUUGCCAAAAUGCACCAGGACAUCAUGAGCUGAAGGAGGCCUGCAAGUCCUUUGAAAAAGUUCUGGUGCAAAACAUCCAGUUUGGCUUGAGCCCAAGUCUCACCGAAGCCAUCAAAGCCGUGCCGAGAUGGAAGUUGGUCCAGGCCUCUUUUCCGCACGUCAUGCACUGCGCUGCCGCGCUUCUCAGCAACAGGCGAGAGAACACAAGUCUGCAGAGUUUGAGCGCCGCCGAGACGAAACUUUUGUACACCCUUCACUGGAUCAUUUUGGACGCGGCCGAGGAAUGUGCCAACGACGAAAUGGAGAAAAACGUGUCACGCACUCAAGCGUCAACCGCUCACUAUCUGUUUUCCAUCCCUUCAAUUACACUCUUUGUGUAUCUCUUCGCGCCUCUGUGCCAUUUGCUAAAGGAGCACGACCUGCAGUCCUUUCGAUUGGAAAACGGAAUCAAACUGUGGCAGCCACUGUGGGAGUACAAACACCCCACGGCGAAGUGCUUUGCGGCUCUGUGCAAACCAAGACCCCUCAGCAAAGGUAACGCUUCCACCCAGCACUCAAAGUCAUUCGGCGACGUCUUUACCGGAACGAGGCGCGCUGCGAGUUUGGAAAGUUCUGACAGUCCAGCAAGUGGACAAAGUGGGACUGAAAGUGCCAAAGAUAAGGGAGAAGAUAGCCCUUGGUUGUCGUCACCUAAGGAAACCGUCUUUCCGGAAACGAUCCCCGAAGAAAGUUCGAGCACAGAGGAAGAACACAUGGUUAUUUUGAAGCUACCCUCUUUGCCAGACGCAGACGGACUUAACAAAGAGCACUCUGUUUACACAGCUCACCCAAGUCUAUUUCAAGUAAAAAGCGUUCCAAAGGAAGUGAAGCAACUGAAGCCUCAUCCCAAAGUCCCAACUGAAAGUUUACUGGCUCCACCAGGAGGCAUUCCGAGCAAGCAGUUAAUUGCUGAUUUGACCGCUGCAACUUUUAUGGAUGUGGCUGUACUGAGGUGCCUCUUCAUUUCGCAAUGGUGCGAGGAAGGAGUGUAUUGGGCUCUGCAGUACCUUUAUCACAGGCUGAGGGAGAUAAACGACGAGACUUCGACCCAAUUCCAGCCACGAAGGAGGAGCAACUCCCUGCCCAUUCCCAAAAUCGAAGUGUCAAUUUACCAGAGUCCAGAGAUGAAGAAGAAAGAAUCAAAAGUGCUGGUCGAUUACUCGGACGACUCAUUCACUUCAAAAAAGCAGUGCCUGUCAGACGAAACACCAAACAUGAGCCGGAGGUCAAGCGAAAAGGUGAAGAAGAGAACGAAAAUCGCCGAUUUGCGGGCUUUUGUGGAAACCAAAUUGCUUUCAAAGUCGGAGAAAACGUUGGAGAAGAUCGGACAGGAGGAUGGAAAACUCGAUCAGGAACAUGCGAGUAGUCUGGACACCGGCGAUGACAAUUUGGUUCCCCGACCGUGCUCAGCCCUGGCCAAAAUCGGUGAGCCUCGAUUUGACAAUGAGGCAAAAUUCAUCAAACCAGCUAGCAACCUUGUGAAAGGGAAGAGCAUGCCCAGUCUGAGCUGUUUAAUAGAUGAGUUAGCAAGUGCAGGGUACAUUAGCGACCUGAGCCACAUGAAACAGAUGAAAUUACCACAACCGCCGCCGUCGGCCAUUCCUCACCCCAUAAUUACGGUCACCGAACACACGCCAACCCCUUCACCCGACUUCACGCGCAGACAGGAACAUGGCUCAAUCGACAGCCAGUUAGACGCCCUAAGUUUGCAGGGACGUCAAGGAGCAGAGAGGAAAUCAAGCCUAACCAGAUCUCAAACUGAUUCUAACAUCACGUACUCCAAGGAAGAAACAUUAGAGGCACCUGGAUCGGCUAAAUACAUUACAAAAGAUGGGGACAUAGAUUACCAAGUUGUCGUCAAGGCUGUUCAUGCUGCCUCUCAAAAAGAUGGAAUUUGCACUUUGAGGGUUUGCGAGGUGAUUUUAAAUUUGACUGAAAUGCUGAUGGAACUCGGCGUUUUGAAAACAAGCACCAGACACUUUGAAGGUCUCAAUGUCAAUAGUGAUCCCAAAACAAUGACCCCAGCUGCAUCUGCGUCACCAAUGCCGAGCAACAGUGCCCUCGCUCCAGCUCCGGCGCACUCGGAAGAAAAACCGGAGGAAGAGCAAGUCUCCAUAGCGCACACUCUCCUUAUGAACUGCGUUGUCAAAGUGCUGAAGCAGCUGGGCUGCCCGAACGGUUGCUCUGACAGCCAACGAGGGCCGCCUGCCGACUUCCUGAGGUCUCAGGGUCAGUCGAUUCUGUCCAAACUGCACCGCGCCAGUCAUAAGCAGUUCACAAGAUUCUUCAGGAAAUUCGUUCAAGAACAGCCCAUCGGCGAGUUGCUCGACUUUUUCCACGCCUACACUGGGUACUGUGUGGACCCUGGCUCUCUCCUUUCACCUCUCAAUCAAAAGAGAAGCGCGAGUAAAAGUCCAGACAUGAGUUCAAACCAGACGGGUUACGCAAACAACUUUGGGGCCAGUCUUGGCGGCGCUGGCGGAAGAGGCGUCGAGGGGCAAAUUUUGAGUUGCGUUUUCAAAUGUCUCAUUACGAGACUGGUGACCUGCAUGAAAGAAAUCAAAACGCAAGAACACUUAGCUCUGUAUUGUGACGUGCGUCAGUUUGUUUUGUACAUUAAAGAGGCGCACGGAGGUGUUUUCCGGAGGGUGGUUUUGAGUGCUUUGAUUGAUGCAGCGGUCAGGCCGCACAAGAAGGAACCCGAGCCGCAAACUACCCGCGUUAUCAGACAUGUCCACGGACCGGCCGAGGACCAGGAGGCGUCCACCUCGAGCGCGGCCGCAGCACCCUCAGAGCCGUCCUGCACUAUCCCCGACGAGAACAGAGCAGCUUCCGGAAGAAAGUUCCUUUUUAAAAAGAGGAGCACUUCUUCUACCUGCGCUAGCCUGUUGGAAACUGAACUAGCCGAAGAGCCGAUUAAGACUCAAAGCCCGUUGAGCAACGUGCGCCGCAAACAUCACAUUCUCACCCCGCGCCACAGCGAGCGAAAUCUCGGAGUCGAAUUGCCUGUGCCAAGUCCCUCAGUGAAAGGCGUCCAGAAGGGAGGAAAAUUGAGCGCCUGGUUCAAAAGGGAUCACUCGAGGACUGAGUCGACGGAGAGUCAUGAUGGCGGCGACUCGCCCAUUGACUCUGGUUUUAUCAGACAGUCCUCGCUCGGAAUGUACCACUACUCAAAGGGAGCCGGCCGAUCUAGCGUUGGUACCCACGUGGGUCAAACUUUCCAGAAAGCAAGAAGGAAAGUUGAAGACCAGUUGAUAAAAAUUGGACUGGGAAAGGGGAAGAAAAAAGACGGCGUGAUGGAAGAAACGUCCGGCAGUCAUUUGAGCCGGAAAAAUUCUAUGGAGCUUGGUGAUCACAGAAGGGAAUCAGAAUUUGUCGUUUUGAAAGAGAGGAAAUUGAUUCCCGUUUUGCCCGUUUACAACGGAAUGCUGAGAUUUUCAUUUCUGCUGGAAAUUUGUCAGCCAGGGACCGUUCCCGACGCCCAACUGUUGGCAGCUCUUUUGGACUUGCCGAAUGCACCAGUUGUGUCGAAGGCCUGUCUGCUGCUUGAGUGCUGUUUUUUCGUUCACAACUGCAACAAAGGUCAAUGGCCUAUGUGGAUGCGACUCAACUUUCCAAUGUUUCGACCUUCGGUGCCUAGCAGGGGCAGCACGGCCGCUCCGUCGGGCUUGAGGAGGUCGCACAUUCUUCAGAGAUAUGCGGGGAAAAUGUUCUAUCAAUGGGCCGAGGCGAUCGGCGCCCGACUCGAGGACAUGGUUCACCAGGACAAGCAGCACGUGACCAAUGUGGUGGGCAUGGUCACUGACGAGACAAAGCAGAAAGAGUUAUCUCUUCAGGACGAGGAAGAGGACUUUUUGGAUGAGUCGAGUAUUGGUCUAAUGGGAUUGCAAUGUCCUUUGGCCUUACGAAUGGUUGCUUGCCUGUUGCUUCUUGAAAUCACAACCUUCCUGCGCGAAACCUAUCAAGCCUUGCCCAAGUCGAGCAGACUGUCAAACAAAGACAGACCGCCAGCAGGAUGGGACAAGAUUUACAGCAAGGACGCUAACCGGCGCUGGAGCAUGGCCCUGUCCUCAAUGGGACACUCGCAAACGUCUGCCCAAAGUCUGCAGUCUAUUGCCGGAGACAAAGAUAACGGUGGCCAAAAUUCAGAGCGGAAAAUUAGUUUCGUCCUGCACGAGCCGGACAACGAGUCGGAGGGGAGCAGCAAUACCACAGUAACAGCACAAGGGGAGGAAGUGGCGGUUGAAGAGAAAAAGAGAGGGUCGGUUGUGGGCACGCCGGCCGCCCCGGCCCCACGGGUGCCUCCGAGCAGACCAUACCUGUUGCGUCGAGGCACCAACGCAGGCACCGCAGGCUCCUUCAAACGCAGAAGUCUGAAACUGCGAAGAAACACCAAGGACGCGAGCAGCAAAAGCGAAAACGAAAGCACGGAUUCCGUUUCUGGAAACAAUGCUUCGACGGUGCGCCGAACUGAUUCAAUUCAGUCCAAGCGCAAAGUGAGCUCCAUUUCAGACAGGUCGGACACGUCUGACCACGGGGCAGAUGGAGCCGGAAGCGGAGGGGAGGAGUCACCGGGGGUGCUCAGUGACGAGCAACCCCCUGAGAGCCCAAGUGAUAGUAAUGAUACAGACGAUGGUUGCUGCAGCAAGAAUAUGCCUUGGAUGAAGACGGUCGUGCAACUGGCCAACUCGUACAACUUCUACUGCAGCCAUCAGGGUUAUUGCCACCCCUAUUGCUACAGACGUCACAUGCGCGCCUGCAACAGACUUGUAAAGUCCGUUCGCAAAGUUUACGGCGAGCAGUUCGGAAUCACUGGCGAUUACAAAAAUCCCUUGAUUGAAAAACUAGGCCACCAUGAAAAGAAAGACAAGCAGAGAGGGCGCAAAGUUUCCGACCAAACUAGCUCGCAAACGUCACCGAUCAGAAGGAAAGACAGUUUGGGCAGAAAGGACAGGAUUGAUUUGAAAUUCACGCGGGAUUCGUCCAGGGAUAUUGCAGAUCAGACUGAUAGCGAAAGGGGUAGAGAACCAACGGGGCCACCCCAUCCUAGGGAUGCGAAAGACGAGCCUCCGAUUUUAAAAUACAUUAAAGCUCAUGCGAGAUCUCUAUUCCAUUCGCCACUUUCGGUGUUGCUAAAAGGGGCUGUAAUUUUGCACGAGGAAAGCUUCAUUGACAUUCUGCCGGUCGCGUGGGAACUUCUGCUCGAACCGAGUCAAGAAGUUGCAGCUGCCGCGGCGUCUUUGUUCAUUUUGGCCGCUGUUAAGGCGCCAGCCCACGCGUCCAACGUGAUGCAGCACUGUUUGCAGCAUUCAGACGUGACCACCAGAAUUCAAGCCGUUCUGAGGUUCCAAGUUCUGUGGAAGUCCCGCUUCCAAGUUUGGCCCAGGAUGGAGGAGGGCGCCUAUUUGAAUUUCAAAGUGCCGCCUCCUGGAAUCGAGUUCACGCUGCCCUCGCCGAAAAUCGGAAUCGAGAGUCUGCCAGUCGUUGACCCACCUUGGAUGCCCCAGGUGAAAACUAAAGUUGAAGAAGUGACCAUAAGUCAAGAGAGCCAUAGAUCGCUGGUGACGGCGACGAAAACGAGGAAGAAGCAGCAAACGGAGCUGAUCAAAUUGGCUCUUCAAGCCGAAGAGGACAAAAAGCGACAGGAGCGGGAGAACUUUUUGAUCACCACCAUUCCAAUUACAUUCCAGGCGGCUUACGAGCCAAGUUUGCAUCAGCAUGAGGACCAUGAUGAUGAUGAGGAGCAGCAGGACACACAAGCUCGGGCACACACGGUCAGCACCGCACAUUCUCUGUUUCCCUCGUGUCUUUGCGCGUCCGUGAUUCAAAUAAUCGGGUUGUUGGACGACGCCGCCGUGGCGCCGGACGGAAGCGCCGUGUACGAGGUGGCCUACCAGGUCAUUUGGAACUGUCUAGUCGAGGACAGUGCCCUCUUCCUGCGCUACGUGCUGGAGAGAGUGACCCGCGAAAAGCAAGACUUGAUGUUCAAGAUUCUGCGUCACCUGAUCCGAUUUGUGCCAAAGUUGCCGCAGCAGGCGGCGUUCGCCCUUUACAACUACAUCAUCGGCUACGUCAUGUUCUACGUGCGGACGCCGCACGAGGGCGGACAGGAGCUGGUCGGAACUGCCUUGUCCAUUUUAUGGAUGGUGGUUCACAGCGUUCACGGAAUUAUGUUCAAAGAUUUGAAGCAAAUUUUGCGAAAGGAACAGUGCGACGCAUCAAUUUUACUGACAGCAAAUGUGCCAUCUGCGAAAAAAAUUAUCGUCCACGGUCCUCAAGAGCAAGAUGUUGGUGGAAUUCCGUCUCAGUUUCCAGUCCAGGAGGACACGCAAUUUGUGCAGAUUUUGAGAGAGUCUCUGGACUUUUUCGGAAUUGACGAGGCAAAGCACAAAGAGUUCUUUUUGGUCGACCACAAAACUCAUCAAAUCCACAAUCCGAACGCGUACGUGCGGGAUUUUUACUUUUUCAAGCGCUCGCAAUACCCGCAACUGCAACUUGUGUACAUGAAGCCGGAAGAGGCGUACAACGCACUGCAGAAGCAAGCGUUCAUCUUGAAAUUUGUGGAAAUCGGAAAGGUGCUACUCACGUGGGCCAUUCUUAAAAACGUCGACAUGGUGGUGCAAAGAGUGGUUUUUCUGCACGAGGAGUUAAUGAAACUGCCGUCGUUCCCGAGAAAGGCGCUUGAAUCUGAGCUUGAUCUUUACAAAGGCGGAGAAAUGGGCAAGGAACUGCUCGGCUUGGACAUGCUGCACAAAUUUAUGUGGGUUCGUCUGAUUGCGAGAAUGUUUGAGGCCAUGGCCGGAAAUUUCGCCUACUCGGGCGACAUCCACCUUUUUCUCAACGUGCUGAACGGUUCGAUUAUUUUGCACAGCGAGUGCGGCUGCAUUUUGCGGUACGUAACGGCCACGUACAUCAACGCAGCCUUCUACUUCAAGAACAUCUUUUCGACCAACGGAUAUCUGCUGAUCAUGCCGACCCUCAUGCAAAUCUACUCGAACCACCAGACCAACAAGUUGGUCACACGAACCGUUGAAUACACGGUCAAGCAAUUCUACUUAAUGCACCGAAAACCGUUUAUAUUGCAAAUGUUCGGCGCCGUCUCUGCGAUUUUGGAUACUGAUGACGAUAGUCAGUUUGGUGACGCGCACAAAGUGCAGCCAAACUGCCUAUUUAAUUUGCUGCUGAGUUUGGAAACGCCAUCACCAGAUCCUUUGAACAUUGGAGAACUGGUCAGAGAGGAAAAGCCGCUGAAAGCGAUUGAUUUCUGUUAUCACGACGAGAAUGAAAUGGUCACCGUUUUUGACUGCAUUUCUCUUUGCGUAAUGGUGGUUGCAUAUUCUGCUGACUCGGUCAGGGGGCAGCAGAUGCUGAUCACUUUGGAAGCAAUUUUGCCGUGCUAUUUGCAGCAUAUUCAGCUGCCCUCGUACAAACACAACGGCAAAUCUGAAAAGGACAUUCUACUGCAGCUCUCCGUUGCAAUAAAUACUUUGGUCAACAAUUGUGAAGGCCUUUCAAAGAAUUAUACUGGACCGCAGAAGUCCAGCCCUGACCACAAGGGAUCGAGUCAAAGGAAUUUCCGAAGUGGGCCAUAUUCACCUGGCUUUGAAUUCGACGAGGACAGUCAUUCGAAAUACAUUAGUGACCAUAGUCGAACUCGGCCAGGAAACGAACGAGAUCUCGAAGACUCGGAAGUUAUGCGAAAUGAAUUUCGACGUCCCAGGGAUAUUUUGCUGUCCAUGGUGGCCGAUUUUCUGACCAAAUGUUCCGCUCGCUUGAUGGAAUUGAACAAGAAAACGCAGCAGGAGGGAAAGCCAGUUGAAUUAAUGGACAUAAAAGCACACGUGCGUUUGUCGGAUAUUGCGCAUUCCUUGCUGAAAGUUUCCCCGUACGACCCUGAUACUAUGGGUUGUCGCGGUUUGCAGCGCUAUAUGAAUGAGAUUCUGCCCUCGACGGAAUGGUCAAAUGAGGCUAUGCGACCAGCCCUGACAGCAAUUCUCAGGCGACUGGACAAAACCUUCAGCAAAAUUUACAAGAAACCAUCCAUCAGGAGACAUACAGAUUGGGACGCGGCGGCUGGGCUUUUGAAAGGGGUCUACGAAACUAUGUCCAAAUGCCCUUACAUUGUCCACAUGCAGCACGUCAAAACUUUGAUGAACACAUGCCAGGCUCUAAUUGUGGGAGAUGCAGUUUCUACCGGAGUGGUCGAGGGCGUGAGUUCGGCAACGGCGGCUUUGAUGAGCCAAGUUCCGCCGCCGCACUUUUGCUCGAUUGUGGUGCGACUGAUCGCCCUGCAAAUUCUCGCCAUCGGGGUAUUCAGCCACUUGACUAUGGAAACUUACUCAUUGGAGCAAGUUUGUGGAGGCAAUUCGGUAUUUCCAUCGCACAAUAAAACCGAAACGAUGCUCAUGAAUUUGCUCAUGCCUCUCUGCAUCCGAGUUGGCAGCGGCAGAAAAGAUAUGCCACGAAUGCGCCAGGCUGACAUUUCUUUUGCCCUGACCAUUGUUCUGCACGCCCUUCAUCCACCUGCGACAAAAACUUCUCCGGUCACGGCUCAAAAUAUCAAGUCGGCGUCGGAAAUGCGCGCCGGAAGCAUCACUUUCGGUAGCGGCCGCGACUCUAAAAGACAAACGCCGAUUCCAAUGUCACUUUUCAAAGUGGCAUUUUUGGCUUUGAAAACCAUGAUCGCCUGCUUUGAAACGGAGUUGGUAAUGGACUGGCCGCGAAUCGCAAGGACCAUACAAGAACUUGGUCGCAGAGGAGACUGCAGCCUCCUGUUUUGGACUUUUACUGAUUACGUAGUCACGCAGAGGCCACCACUUUACAUUUUACUUCAUCCUUUCAUCCACAUGAUGCUUCUAAAGCCUGGCCUCACGGACGCCGAGCGACACCUGCAAAGUCUCAUCAAAGACAAACUCGGGUGCACCAACCUCCCACCAAGGAAGGCCAAAGGAGCCGUUUUGGUAGAACUGGCGCACGAAAUGAAGGAACUGAAGGAGCAGAUGGACGACAGAAGAUAUGACGAGGGCCGCAAAGGAACCGACCACGGGGACAACAUCCCGCCAAGGCCGCACCGGCCGUCAAUUAUUGAAUUGUUCACUGGCGACCUGGCCAGACACCAUCACAGGCAGCCAGCAGAUAAUAGCGGCACCAAUUUGGCACCACCUCAGUCUAUCCUUCAACGAGAGGGGAGCGUCAGGUUCUCGCCCUCGUGCGAAAGUGUCGUGACCCCCGAAAUCGUGGCAGACGACCAAGCGGCCAACGAUGGGGACGAGGAGUCAACUCUGACCCCUCCGACCCCGCAGCCAGAGCACCAGCAGCUGUUGCCGCCGUCCGGGGAUGAACACUUUCAAGACCGUACCCGACUCAAAGCCUCAAAACUACGUUUUGUGCCUUCAGUAGAGUUUAGACACACAUCAGCAAAGUAUGGCAUUUUGAACUCGCAUGGUGAAACAUCUACAACACCCUUGAGCGCCGGAAGUCCAAAUGACGAGAGCUCUGGCGAGCACAGCGGACGAAAGCCCCGUCUGCAAAGGUCAAAGGCACAGAGCAGGAAAACGUUCCGUCUGAGAAAAAGCAGGAAAUCCAAAAUUGAGGUUUCCCACAUCAAGGUAGACCCCCCGGCCGCAGUGCCCGCCCCAAUGGACCUGCAGCAAAUGACCCCGCCCUCUAGCGCAACCCUUCCGCCCUGCAGUCCAGCCCUUCAGAGAACCAAAUCCAAGCUGUGCCGCGAAUUGUCUUACGACGACGACAACUCCAUUUCGCAGACUUCCAGCACCUCCGGCUAUCGAGAGGCCUACACCGAGCGGUACACCCUUCUGAACGAACUGCCCCCCGUCUUUCCACCCCCACUGGCCUCUCCCGACCAUCCCUCGAGCAGCAGUGCUCCGCAAGGAGGCGAGAGUUCCCAGGAGAGCCUCAACAGUGGCGAAGACAUGGCCCUGCUGCCGGAACGACCCACUCCGAGAGCGUCGUUGAUGGCGCUGUUUGAACACCACCAAGACGAAGACACCCUGUUGUAAAAUUAGAAUUGAAUCCAAAGUUUACACUUUAAACUUAGACCCCACAAUUUAAAAUUGUUGACUGUUAAAAUAACACAAACCUUUUUAGGUAUUUGCUUGUGGUUUGGGAAAUUUUAGAAAUUUACCAGCAUAGCUGUGAUGGCAAAAAAGAAAAUGUAGUCGAGGAAAAUGGAAAGAACAAAAAAGUGAUGUUAAUGCCUAUAUUGAUUCUAUGCAGUUGUAUGCACACAGCUUGUAAAAGUUGCUUUGCAUGUGUUAUUAUUAAAAUAAAUUGCACUUGCCCAAAAUAUAUAUUAUAUAUUUUUUAAU